UGACCACUAUUUCAGAGAAGUCUCUGCCCGGUUUUUAAUUGAAUGGUUCUUUUAUGACAUACUCAUUCUGGGUGCUAAUUCUUUGUUGGUGAUGUGUGCUGCAAAUUCUUUACUUCUUACUUAGUUCAUGAUGUCUUUUUUUAAAAAAUCAACCAGCGGUUUUAAAAUGUAACAUAGGGAUCCUGUGCGUGCUGAUGGUGUCACCUGGAACUUGACCGGCUCCGCAAGGGUAUCGGAGGUCUGACAAUGGCCAAGAACAAACUAAGCGGGUGGAAGUCCAGGAGUGUGUUCCACGUAGCCAGCCAAAAAAGCUUUAAGGUUAAAAAUAAAGCAAAACCAGUUACCACUAAUCUCAAGAAGAUAAACAUUGUGAAUGAUGAAAAAGUUAACAGAAUGAAUAAAGCUUUUGUAGAUAUACAGAAGGAACUUGCAAACUUCUCAAAAGGCCUUUCCCUCGAGCCUCUGCAGAAACAGCUGAUUCCUCAGCAGCAUCAUGAAAACAAACCAGUUAACGUUGAUGAAGCUGCAAGAUUAAUGGCUCAGUUGUAA